AUGGCUUUCUCUUCAUCAUUUUCUUCUUCUUCAUUAUCCACGACUCGUCAAGCCGUUCGAUCUAUUAGUUUACCAACCCGAUCACACCCAAGCACUCUUCAAGUCGAAGAAGAGCUAACCAGCUUCCGAACAUGGGAAACAUCUUUUUCAUGUAGUAUUCGUGAUGACGAAAAAGUUUUUAGUGGGCUUACAAGUUUGGAUAGAUUGUACACAUGUGUUGACAAUCUUCUAGAUUUGCCAUUGACCCAACAAGCGCUUUUUCGUCGUGAACACGAGAAACUAGUUGACGAAUUAUGUGAUCAGUCUAUGAGGCUGUUGGACAUCUGUGGCUCGGUUAGAGAUGCUGUUUCACUAGUCAAGGAACAUGUAAGAGAUGUUCAAUCAGCUAUAAGAAGAGGAAAGGAUGAUUUCAUCGUAGACGGCUCAUUUUUAAAAAAAUUAAUGAAGGACGCCAAAAGAGGUGUCGCGGAUUUGAAACUAAUCGAUCACACAUACAUUAGUAACGGCUCUAAUCUUGAUCCCCAUAUAACUUCAGUGUUUAAAGUAUUAAGUGAAGUUAGUGAAGUCAGCAUAUCUGUAUUUGGGAUGCUGAUGUCUUUUUUGUCCGCAACGACUAUUUCAAAGCAAAAAUCGGCUACUAAAUGGUCCAGAGUCUCAAAGUUUAUUCACAAAGCAACAGCAGGAAGCAAAGAUAAUCAACCACAAAUUUGUAUUGAUGUUUUAGAACAUAGUAUUGAAAGCAUAGAAAAUGCUUUGGAUUCAAUGUUUAGGAGGUUGAUCAGAACAAGGUCUGCCCUCUUAAAUAUAAUAUCUCAGUAA